GUGUCGGCGUCGCUGGAGGCCACCCGCCGGGUGAUCGAGCGCGUGGGCGCGGUGCAGAACACGAUCUUCGGCGGUUGGCAGUUCAGCGCCGACGGCGCCCACGCCGACACGGCCUACACGCAGCAGGCGCUGAGCGUGCACACGGACGGCACCUACUACACCGAGCCGCCCGGAGUGCAGGUGUUCCACUGCCUGCACCACGACGGCACCGGUGGCGAGACGACGCUGGUGGACGGCUUCGCCGGCCUGCAGCGGCUGCACGCCGCCGACCCGGCCGCCUACCAGCUGCUCUCGACCGAGCCGUGCGCCGGCGAGUACCUGGCUCGCCGCCUCCGCUUCAACCCGUACGACCGGGCGCCGGCGCGCCACCUGCCGCCGGCGCGGCUCGAGCCCUUCUACCGGGCGUACCAGCGGCUGGCCGAGACGCUGCUCAGCCCGCGCCUGGAACGCCGGCUCCGCCUGACGCCCGGCACCGUGCUCUUCAUCGACAACUGGCGCGUGCUGCACGGCCGGGCCGCCUUUACCGGGCGGCGCGUCAUGUGCGGCGGCUACGUGGCGCGCAGUGACGUCAUGAGCCGGGCCCGCGCCGCCGGCCUGCUGCUGUAGGAGCCGGUGACGUCAUCGGUCGGUGUCGCAAUGUGGUCCAGGAACGUCAUGAGCUGCGUCGCGUCAUUGGCAGGCUGCACGGUGACGUCAGGAGCCGUAGCGUCGUGAAGUGCAGCGUC